UGUACAUUAUGGGUCAUGGUGUCCUCCAUUCACUUUGUGUCACUUUCUUUUAGAGAAAAUCUGAUGAAGAACCAAAAGCUCUUUCCUUUAUUACAUGGUUUUACUUGUGGGUCACUUAGGUUCAAUGUUUUCAUCUAUGGCGACCCCGUACUAUCCUUGAUUGUCUCAUUGAUCCAUCUACACACGGGUGUCGCAUAAAGUUUCUGUCUUUUUCUGCUUACUCCUCAUGUUAAAAAACAACACUAUUUUACAUUUCACAAACACAAAGGUCUCUGCUUUUUCGUACUUUUCUUCUGUUAUUCUUUGAUCUUUUCUCCUCUUUCAGACCCCAUUUUGAAAUAGGAACAAUGAAGCAAAAAACGCCACCGCCACCACCAGGUCCACCACCACCACCACUAACCCCACCAAGUAGUGUGUUAAAGCCGUGUGUACCACCACGCCGCCUCAGAGCUUCUUCUAAGGCCAUAGAGUCUCCAAAGACACCACCAGAGGUUCUCAAUAGGGUAUCCAUAUCAUCAUCAAGAGCUAAAUCAGUGCCCCCAGACUUGAAGAAAAUCUCAAAGGCCAAAAGGGGUCUUGUGCUGAACAAUCCUAAAUCAAAUGAAGAGGUUGUGGGGUCUCAAAAGGGUAGGGAAUUUGAAGAGGCUAAGGUUGUUGUUACUCGGCCAGGGAGAAAGGUUGGGGAUUUUGGUUUAAGGAGGAGUGAAGAUGACCCUGAUGGGAAGAAGAAGAAGAAGGAUUUGCAGGAGAAGCUUGAGGUGAGUGAGAAUUUGAUCAAGAAUUUGCAGUCUGAGGUGCUGACAUUGAAGGCUGAAUUGGAUAAAGUUAAGAGCUUGAAUGUGGAACUUGGGUCUCAGAACAGAAAGCUCUCUGAGGAUCUUGCUGCUGCUGAAGCUAAGACAUCAGCCGUUGGCAGCAGUGGAAAGCAGUCAAUUGGAGAACACCAGAGUCCCAAAUUUAAAGACAUACAGAAACUCAUUGCUGACAAAUUGGAACGGUCUAAAGCAAAAAAGGAAGCUAUUUCAGAAGUAAUUUUUGUUAAAUCAUCAAUUCCAGCUCCAACACCAAGUCAUACCAUUCCUGGAACUCCGAGUAUAGAAAGAAAAUCUCCACCCAACCCGUGCCUGCUGGCACCUCCCCCGCCACCUCCACCGCCACCAAUACCGUCUCGGCCGUUAUCAAAAUUAUCUAACACCCAAAAGGCCCCUGCAAUUGCCUUUCUAUUUCACUCCUUAAAGAAUCUAGAUGGAAAGAAAGACUCAAAAGGAUCUGUGAAUUAUCAGAAACCAUUAGCUAUUGGUGCACACAGUAGCAUUGUAGGAGAAAUUCAAAACCGUUCAGCUCAUCUUUUAGCAAUAAGGGCAGACAUUGAAACGAAAGGAGAUUUCAUUAAUGACCUUAUAAAAAAGGUGGUAGAUGCAGCCUACAUGGAUAUUGAAGAGGUCCUAAAGUUUGUUGAUUGGCUUGAUGGUGAACUAUCGUCAUUGGCUGAUGAGCGUGCUGUCUUGAAGCAUUUUAAGUGGCCUGAGAAGAAAGCUGAUGCAAUGCGAGAGGCUGCAGUUGAGUAUCGCGAGCUUAAAAUGUUAGAACAAGAGAUUUCCUCCUACAAGGAUGACCCUGACAUUCCAUGCGGAGCUGCUUUGAAAAAGAUGGCUAGCCUAUUAGACAAGUCUGAGAGGAGCAUACAGAAGCUAAUCAAGCUGCGAAAUUCUGUCAUACGCUCAUAUCAAAUGUACAACAUUCCAACUGCUUGGAUGCUUGAUUCAGGAAUGAUGAGCAAGAUAAAGCAGGCUUCCAUGACUCUUGUCAAGAUGUAUAUGAAAAGAGUGACAAUGGAGCUUGAAUCCAUUCGGAAUUCAGACAGAGAAUCUAGUCAAGAUUCCCUUCUGCUUCAGGGCGUGCAUUUUGCAUAUCGGGCUCAUCAGUUUGCUGGAGGUUUGGACUCAGAAACGUUGUGUGCUUUUGAAGAGAUAAGGCAACGAGUACCAGGACACCUACCAGGGUCUCGAGAACUUUUAGCUGGCAUACCAUCAUCAUGAGAAGCCACUCAUUCCUUGUGCUGCUGCUAAUGGUUACAAAAAACUGGCUAUUAAACAUUCAUUAUUCUUUUUCUUAUCUCCAAUGGUCAAUGCUUGCAAGAACAUUUAGAACCCCUCAGAAGGAAUCUGUAGGAACAUCAAGAGAUUCUGAAGAAAGAACACUCCAUAAAUAAGUCAAAUGGCUAAUCUGCUAUCAAAUUUUCACAACCUAGGAAUAGUAUCUUCAGCUCAGAGUUAUUUAAUUUCAAAAGUGAAUUUUUUUUUUUAGUUAGUUCUCUAUAAUGCUGUAACAAAGAACAUGAAGAAGCAGCUUUGCCGUGUGUAGGUGAAUAUAGUUAACGUUUGCUAGGUUACUUUAAUAAUGUAACAUUCAUGUUCAAUGUGUAGUGCUUGUCAAAAACAUUCUGAAGCGUUUUCUACUACGUCAUAUAGGCAAUUUGGUUCUUUACUCAAGAAGGUGAAGUUAAUCUUGUUUUGUGCCAGUAAAACUCUCAUGUCUGAUAUUUUUUUAAAUAAUCUUUCUUAUAUUAAGAUACAGCUGUUAAAAUAUUAAAUUUUAUCGAGGAUCUGUUGGUGUGAGUGAAAAUUUUAUGGAUGAUUUUUUUUAAUACAAUUCUACAAGUAAA